ACCGUUUUGCAACGUGGUGUGAUUGUUUGGCUUCCGAUUUCUCCUUUUCGAUGCGCGAUGGUUUCCACCAGAUUUUGUACACUGGGAAGACAUGGAGUGCACCUCCAGCUCUGCUCAUUGUUUGGUGAAUUAGUUUUCGAGCUAGUUUCUUAAGGCUGCUGUUGCUUCUACUGCACCUGACUCGAUUCGUUAGCUGCAGUCGUGGUCGUGUGGUGCAUUAUUAAGGGCUUUGUUAAUGAACCGAGGCCGGAGAGGGAAUUUGCCUCAAGUUUAAGUUGCCAUAUUAACAUCGGGGAUUCCGUGCUGCCCGCCAUCGUGGCUUUGUGCCCUUUUGGCUCUUCUUUGUUAUACACGUCACUCCAGCUCCAACUUUAGUGUACUGUUGGCAAGCGAACCGAUCGAAAGCAUAGCUUUUUUGCUGCUGCUCCAAAAUUGCUCGUGAAACUAGAACCAAGUUAAUCAACAGCUCAAUUGACGUACUAUUAUUUUGGAGGAACACAUCGUCUUAGAGACAGGUCACAAGAUGACCGCCCGCCGGAUUUGAUUAUCCCUCGCUUCUCUCUAAGCAAUGUCACUGCUAGAUUGGGACAGUCCCCUUAGCAUCGUAGCGUUUGCCGUUACAUCCGUAGCCGUUCUACUAUCACUGGUCAAGUACUACUUGUACGUUACCUGCGGAAAGCUCACAACUAGCCGAAACAUGGAAGGAAAAACCGUCAUCAUCACCGGCGCCAACUCGGGCAUUGGCAAGGAAACUGCCCGGGAUUUGGCCAAACGCGGUGCUCGCGUCAUCAUGGCCUGCCGGAACAUGGAAACGGCCAAGGAGGCUCGAGAGGAAAUUAUGGGCGAAACCAACAACAAUAACCUCAUCCUGAAAAAUAUCGACGUCAGCUCUCUGGCCUCCGUCCGUAAAUUCGCCCAGGACAUCAUCGCCACGGAACCAGUCAUCGACGUCAUGAUCCACAACGCCGGAGUGGCGCAAGGCUUCAACAACAAAUCAACCGCUGACAACCUCGAGUUCACGAUGGCCACCAACUGCUUCGGGCCAUUCCUGCUGAGUCACCUGCUCAUCGAUCUGAUCAAAAAGUCCGACCAGGGUCGCAUCAUCUUCGUGUCCUCCAAACUGUACCGAUUAGGGUACAUCCGGCGCGACCUGAGCAACCUGAACCCGCUCAAGUACUUCUCGCUGUUCCCGGUGCAACUCUACAACCAGUCCAAAUUCGUCGAGAUCAUGUACACCCAGGAGAUGGCCCGUCGUCUGGCCGGAACGCGCAUCACGGUCAACGCCCUGCACCCGGGAGUGGUGGACACCGGAAUCUGGCGAAAUGUCCCCUUCCCGCUGAGCAUACCCUUCAAGCCGAUCCAGAUGUGCUUCCGGACGCCGAAGGAGGGAGCCCGCUGUACCGUGUACGCUACUAUCACCCCAGAACUGGAGACUGUUAGUGGCAAAUACUUCCGCGGAUGCAAGAUCGAGGAGCUGCACAGCCGAGUUGAGAACAAGGAGAUGCAGCAAAAGGUGUGGGAGAAGACUUGCGAGUUGGUGCGGUUGACACCGGAAGAUCCUAAGAUUUGAGCAAAUUGGGAGGAUCGUUAGGGGCGAUUUUUCGGGUUCUGAUACUUCAUCAUUACACUUUCUCUCAGGUUCUAUGCCAUAAAAUGGUACAAACAGUGAACAAUUUUCUUCUAAUAAAUAAGAUUUAAAAAUUUU